GUGGAAAGAUGGAAAUUGCCAGGCUUGUUUUUGAUGAAAUGAUCCAGAGGGAUGUCCUGGCUUGGACCUCUCUUAUACUUGGAUAUGCAAAGAAUGGCCAGAGUCUGAUAGCUCUAGAACUGUUUGCUACCAUGAACUGUGAACCAGACCCUCUAACUUAUGCUGCCUCACUGGAAGCUUGUGGGAAUCUAGCCAUGGCUGGAUUGGCAGCUGGGAAAUAUAUCCAUGCUAGAACUUGCAAGCUUGGACUAGAAGAAGAUAAUGUAAUUUCUGCUAGCUUGAUGAACUUCUAUGCAAAGUGUGGCAGCAUCUCUAAAGCUCAAGAACUAUUUGACAGUGUAAAGUCUCCAAAUCUAGUGCUUUGGAACACUUUGAUAGCGGGAUAUAGCUCGGCUGGAGACCCUUUCCGGGUCCUUCAUCUGGCAAGAGAAAUGAAAGACGCUGGCGUUGGAAUGGAUGGAAUCACAUUGGUUUCUAUCCUCACAACUUGUAGCCAUGCCGGUUUGCUCGAGCAAGGAGCUCUGUGCUUCGAAUCAAUGGUGAAGUGUGGGGUUGAAACGAGCGUGGAGCACUAUAGUUGCUUGGUUGAUAUGUUUGGAAGAGCAAACCGGCUGGAAGAAGCGCUAACUCUAAUCCAAACCAUGCCAAUGGAAGCGAGUGGUAGUAUGUGGAGAAGUUUGCUAGGGGCGUGUAGAAACUGGAAGAACGUAAAGGUUGGCGAGGUUGCAUUUCAAGCGCUGGUCAGUGACGGAGAAACUAAAUCGGCCGACUACGUUUUGAUGAGUGAUCUCUAUGCAAGCUCGAGCAUUACGUAGCUAUGGCUACCAUGAAAGAAGAAAUAUCUUUGCUGGAAAGAUAACAAUUAAAGUUAAGGUUUGACGAGGGGUUUGAUAUCUUCCUUCUUGUGGGCGAUGGAGCUCCUUGCGCCUCCAAGCCUCGUGGGUUUUCGUGGAGUGGCUUGGAAAUGUGGAGCGAAGCCGAGAAGAUUGCUACCAAGGACGGUAUGGCUAUGCAGGGCGUCUAUCGCGGACGAGGAACGCCUGGAUGCCGCGAGAGACAUGACAAAGUGGCUACAAGAACAAGGAUUUCCACAACAGCCACUUCUCGUUUCGUCUUUCGAAGACAAGGGACUUGGGUGUUGUGCUACUCGUGAUCUACAGGCUGGCGAUGCUGCAUUGUCUAUCCCCGAGAACUUUACCGUCACGGCUGUAGAUGUUGCGAACCAUCCCGUUAUCUCGAGUGCGGCCGAAGGAAGAGACGAACUCGUCGGGCUUGCACUAUGGCUUAUGUAUGAGCAGGAAAGAUCGCAAGACUCGCCAUGGUAUCCAUACUUGAAAGUUUUUCCAGCCUCGACUUUGAGUCCUUUGCUAUGGGAACAAGAGGAACAAGAGGAGCUCUUACGUGGUUCUUCCGCUCUAGCAAAAGUCAAGGACCAGCUCACAUCUUUGCGGCAAACCUUUGAUGCGUUGAAGGAUACUCUCAAAGACAACAAAGAUUUUCCCAUGGAGAAAUUUACGUUCAGUGCGUUCAAGGCAGCAUUCUCGGUUGUUUUAUCACGAGCAGUGUACUUGCCUUCGGCAGAGCUAUUUGCUCUGGUUCCGUUUGGAGAUUUGAUCAAUCACGAGUCGUCACGAUCUUUGCUAGACUACGACAUCGAAGAGCAAAAGGUGAAGCUGGCCGUGGACAAAAGGUACAAGAAAGGAGAUCAAGUUUUUGCCUCGUAUGCACAAAACUUGACCAGCGCAGAUUUUCUCAUAAGGUAUGGUUUUCUUGACGAGAGUGACGAGAACGAUUUCAUCGAGAUAGAGGUUGGUUUAGUAAGUGGCGAUUCUCUAGCCCCACUCAAGCGCGAAAUCUUGCAAGAAGUUGGCCUCACUGUUCCUCAAAAAUUUCCCGUGUACCUUAAUCGAUUUCCAACACAGCUCUUGACAUAUACAAGGUUAGCAAGGAUACAAGACUCGGGGCUCUUCGCCAAAAUCACCUUUGAGAAAGAUCUAAUCGUUUGUCAGACAAACGAGUACGAGACGCUGAUGCUGCUAAUGGCCGACUGCCGUACAAAGCUUUUGAGCUUCAGCGAUACCAUGGAGGACGACAUGCAGACGCUCAAGCGAAAGAACCUCUCGUACAAGCAAAGAGUGGCAGCGCAGCUUCGAUUGAAAGAGAAAAGGAUCCUGACCGACACAAUGUCCGCGCUGAGGAACAGAUUGGCUCCGAUCAGAGGAAUUCCCACAAAGUCUGGAAACCUCAAGGAUCCAAACUCCGACAUUCGAGAGAUGUUUGAUAUGGUAGAGCAGGUUGCUUCGGCUCCGCGAAAGUUUCUCGCAAGCAUUCUCGAGCACAAAGAUAGCAACAAAUAGAGAGAAGGAACAAAAAAGGAAGUGCUACGUCAUUUUCCUGAAUGGGCUUUUGUUCUAUUCCUGUACUUAUUUUAAAGUAUCAAAGAAAAAAAGAAGAAAUUCUUGGGUUGGA